CAGUCACAUCUCGCAGUGGGAGGGGGAUUGAAGCUGCUGCCUCGGAGCUCUAACAGAGACAGUAGACGGCACUGACUCACACUGACGAUCCACACACAGCACAUUUUAGACUCUACCUGAUCUGCAACCUGACAGGAGGCUGAUGAUGAAGACAUAAAGGAACUUUCCUCUGGUUUUGGGGCUGUUUUCAAUCCGCUCUUGACAGCAUAUUUCUCUUACAUUCUGGCAUCAAAUGAAGUCAGAAUGCAUUCAUUAACACCAGAUGGCGGUGAGUUGAAAUAUCACUAAAACAGUGUGUUGGGACGGGACGAGGUGUUUUUUCCCCCUCACCUUUUUCAUAACAACUGCGGACGGGAAAACUUCGUUUCUACCGGUGGCGGACCUUUUAUUUUCGUCCUUAAUUUGGUCAUCAGACGACCUCCUUCUCCUCCUCCUCCUCCACCACCACCACCUCCUUCUCCUCCUCCUCCUCCAACUGUCUUCACUUGAUAAAACAACAGCCACCUAGGGGACAAGACGACAGCUUCCCUGCCAGCGGUCAAAGGGAAUCAAAAAAGCAAUUUAAUCAACAGCAGCACAGGAGUGGACCCUCACAAGGAUGCUACUCCAGCAAAGACACUACUAGACGGUCCAAACAGCCGCUGCCAAUAUGUUUAGGCGAGGUUAUGGUGGGGUGGAGUUACUCUUGGUGCUGUGUGGCCUGGAUCUCUCUCUGCCCUGCCCUCGCCACUGCAUCUGCUACACUUCACCUAGCACCGUCUCCUGCCAGGCCCACAACUUUCAUGCCGUGCCCGAGGGCAUCCCUGCCCAGAGCGAGCGCGUCUUCCUGCAGAACAACAAGAUCCAGCGGCUGCUUCGCGGCCACUUCUCCCCCACCACCACCAUGUUGUGGCUUUACUCCAACAACAUCUCCUACAUACAACCAUCCACCUUCCACGGAUUUGACCGCCUGGAGGAGCUCGACCUUGGGGACAACCGGCACCUGAAUGCCAUUGCCUCAGAUACCUUCCUGGGCCUGGGUAGGCUACACGCCCUGCACUUAUACCACUGUGGCCUGAUCAGCCUGCCUCCAGGGAUCUUUGCCGGUCUCCAUAAUCUUCAGUAUCUCUACCUACAGGACAACCAGUUAGAGUUUCUGGAGGACGAUCUGUUCAUCGACCUACUGAACCUCAGUCAUCUUUUCCUGCAUGGCAACCGACUAUGGAGCCUUCGCCAGAACACUUUCCGUGGUCUGGGAGUCUUAGACCGCCUGCUUCUCCACCAGAACCGAAUCCAGUGGGUUGACCACCAGGCUUUCCAUGACCUGCGGCGCCUCACCACCCUGUACCUGUUUAAUAACUCCCUGACUGAGCUCUCUAGUAACAGCUUGACUCUACUGCCGGCCCUGGAGUACCUACGACUUAACGACAACCCCUGGGAGUGUGACUGCAAGGCACUGUCACUUUGGGAUUGGCUGCGGAGGUUCAGAGGCUCCACCUCGUCUCUGAUGUGUGUUUCACCACCAGAGCUGGCGGGGAAGGACCUGAAGACACUGAAGAAGGAGGAGUUGCCCAGUUGCCUGUCAGGUGAGGGUCAUGCACAUGGUGCCCCAGGUGGGGAGAUGGAGCAUGGAGAAUCUUUGAACCACCUGAAUCGUCACAGAAACCAUCACAACCAUCAUCAGCGGCCAUACUUGCCCCACGGGGACCAGUACAGCUUGCCUUCGCCCUCGCCCCUGCCGCGGCCACCUAAGGGAGGCCGCAGAAACUGUACCCGCCGGGGCCGCAAGGCAAAAGGGGGGCUCAAUGAGGUGCAGGUACUACGGGAGGGGGGUGAGAAAGACUAUACUCCAGAUGAAGGUAAAUAUGACCUGUCUGCAACUGCAAGGAGGAAGAACAAGUGCAUCCCCAGAACUUCUGUCGGCCCACCAAGUGGGGUCCAGAGAGUUAAUAAUAAAGCAGGAUCACACCUUGCAGAUUAUAUUUUCUGUUUAUCAUCAGCUCUGCUGCUGUCACUCAUUUCUGUGAUCCUACGCUGAGAAUGGACACUUGUGUUGGUGAUGCAACCUUAUGAUUCUCCUGAACCACCCUGCCCUGGCUCUUUAAAUGAGACAUGUGUGCAUAACUGUGUGUGUACAUGACUGUGUAUAAAGAACACUAUCAAAUAUAUACUGUCGAAGUAUCCCUGCGGUAUUAAGGCAGGAAUCUUUACAAGUCAUAAUCAAAACAUGGAAGUCAGGGAAAACAAUUUAGCCCAUUGCUUUGAUGAUGUCACCAAGGGAAACAACAGGAAAACUUUACAUUUGUCUCUGUGGCAUCGACUGCUUCACUGAAUUUAUGUACUUAUAAAAACUGUACAGCCACAUAAAAUAACAAGCCAAUCACUCAUUCAAGUUGUAGUGAGAAGAACACACAAUAAGGAUCAAAACAGCUCAAGGCUCAGUCUCCGUGUUUAGCCCUUUUGGCACAAUGGUGCUCUCUCAGCGCACCUUCCAUCUGUCACUCAUGCUGAGACAAAGGUCAUUCAUAAACACAGCACCCGCAACAGCACCUAAGAUCCAGAAAUGAAAUACUGCAGAAAGAAGUGGCAGUAAAAUUAGUUAUCGUUUUAGCAGUAAUAACUAUAAUCACUAUACAGUAUAUCUACUAAUAAAGUGGUUUUACUUACAUGUCUCACAGUAAGGUGAAGCUACUUUAAUGCACAUCUGUAUCCUUGGCUUUUACUCUAAACUCUAAAAAAUAAAAACACCACUGGAGUUGUGACACAUCUAUAUAACUGACAAUUCUUCAAACUAAUCCUGUUAAAAGUUUGUCCAUUGUCCUUGCCCUUGCAACCCAUCAACUUAAAAGCCAUUCAGAACUAACCUAUCAUUAUAAAAGCCAACCGGACACAGUCAGUUUAAAUGAGUGAGUGAGCGUACAAGUUUCUGUGUUACUGUUUGUAUGAGUGUGUGUCCACUUAAAAAAAAACACUAAAGCCAUGCAGGUAGAACGACACUAGAUAGCAAGAGUGCCUAUUGAGAGCCAGUGGCCAAUCAGGACAAAUCAUGGAGGUAAGGGAUGGUUUCAUUCACUCUUCGACCUCAUUGGCUACAAAAUAGAGGCCUCAAGGAGCCUGAAAGGUCAACUCGUGCAGGCCAAGGAAAAGCUGAGGCCAGAGCCUGGCUCACAAAACUAUGGACUCCCAGAAACUGUUAUGCACUUUCCUCUUUAACGCUGUGGAGGCUAAUGGAAAAAAAUACAUCCUUCAAGCAGAGAUGAUUCAAUCCAAAUCACAGGAGGGUUUCAAAUGCUGGAAAAAAGCCCCUACAAUCAGGGAGGUGUACUGAUGACACGGCAAUAUAUCUCCUGCAAUUGCUGAAACUGGGAAACAAAAGCAGUUCAGAAUCUGUGAUGAUCAUCACAGGGCAAGGGGAUGGACAAACUGCUACUGAAUUUCUUUCUUUGUCCUCUCUGGUGUGUUUAGUGUGCUCCAAAACAGAUGGACUUGACAAUCUGUAAACCCUGAUUGGAGAGUUGGAUUAUAAUGCUGCUACGUCCGAGAAGAGCCCUUUCUGAGGCUCAGGAUUCUUCUUCAGGAAAUAACAAGGACAGAGAGGACUAUGCGACACAGCGCCCUGUAUGAAAUGGAGUUGUUCAAGCACACACACCCCUAACAAAGCCCAAUCACCUUCACAGCCUUCCUGUCACACUGCAAAAUACUAACCCCUGUCAGUCCAGGGUUUCAAAUCCCAGACCGGAGCACCACGGAUGCAGCCUAGGUUUUGACUUUAGACCUGAACUAUUUCAGAGUCAAUCACCCAAAGUCUCAAGUGCUCAUUUACAAUAGGUAAAACCUGUACAGAUGCACACGGGCCAUCCGGGUACCUUAACUAGCCACUAAUACUAAAAGUCUCUUUAUUUCUUAAAGCAUUACAAAGUUAUGAAUUCUAUUUUAAAAAGGAGCUGCCCUUGUAUGCAAAGGACGACCUAGCUAAAAAGCUAAAAUCAUGACAUGCUGACAAAAAGCACAAAAAAGUAUUGCUGAGCCCCACCUUUUCGUGUCUAUCUAUCUAGAUGUUGGGGACGAACAGAAGCCUGUCACUGGUGUCGUUCUCCCGGCAUGUAGGAUUAGAGACCCCUACUGGUGAACUUGUUUGUGCUGCUGUGAACCCAGAGGUGAUGUAAAUUGUGUCUGUUUAUUCCUGUGAGGAUGACUUUUUUGUAAAAAAAAAAAAAAAAAAAAAAAAAAAAACAAAAAGAAAAGAGAAGACAAAAAAAAACAAAAACAGAAACCCUCCGUUGUGUCUCAGUAGUUCCCUAAAAUAUAAACAGGGAGCUAGGGGCUGGAACUAUAUUUUUUAUUUACUAUGAUUAUUAUCAUUAUUUCAUUUUUUUCAGUUCUGUCUUUUUUUGUUUUGCUGACUCAUUCAAGAUAAACGGUACACUGCACUGCCCCCCUCCUGCUCCUCUUCUAUUCUUUUCUAACCUCCUAUUCAUCCCUCUAUCUUUCCCUCCCUCCUUCUCCUCACCUCCCCUCCACCCUCACUGUCUGCUUAUUCUCUUCCUCCCUCUCCACUGUCUCUGCUCCUUUCUCUUCCACCCUCGUUGCUCCCUCCUUCCCCUCCUCUAUCUCUCUUAUUCUUUUCCUUUCCUCUCGUCCUUUGUGCAACCCAAAUGUUUUGUAUGUGGUUAUCAAACAAUGCCAGACUCAAAAGCUGUUUAUAAAUAACAUUAAACAGAAAGUGUCCUCAAA